AUGCAGCGCCGGCAGGAGGAGGAGGAGGAUGACGAGGAGGAGGAGGAAGGUGGCCCGGAGAGCGCCCUGGCCAAGAGCCCCUUCCAGCUGACGGCCGCCGACGUCUACGACAUCUCGCACGUGGUGGGCCGGGACCUGCUGCAGCUCGGCGGCCCCGCCGCGCCCGCCGCGCUGCCGCGCCUGCAGUUCCGCAUCGUGCGCGUGCUCGAGAUGCUCGAGGCGCUCGUGAGCCGCGGGCCGGGGCCGGAGCCGGAGCCGGGGGGCAGCGCGCAGCAGGUGGGUGCCCCGCGGGGCGGCGGGAAGGAGCGGCCGGGGCCCGGGGGCGCCCUGGCCCUUGGACCUGAUAAAAUGGUGAUAGACCUCACAGACCCGGAGCGCCCGCGGUUCACGCUGCAGGAGCUGCGCGAAGUGCUGCAGGAGCGCAACCAGCUGAAGGCGCAGCUGCUCGUGCUGCAGGAGGAGCUGCAGUGCUAUAAGAGUGGGAUCAUCUCACAGAGAAGGGACCAAACUGAGAAACUGGAAACAGACUCCAGCAGCAACAGCCCUGGCACCAGUAAGGAACACAAAGACCAGACCGUCGUCAAACGGCUGUUCUCUUUUAAAAAACAUGGAAAAUGAACAUGAAUGAGAACUUAACCACUCCUGCUCAGAAAUGGCCCUGUUCAAAGCGUCUAAAGGAACUGAGAGAAGUCAAGCAUUGGAGGCAUCACUCUCACUGCAGAGAAUAAGAAGUCUCCUAAAUACUGUUUUUGUAUAAUAUUCUUUCGGGAUAGAUUCUACUUUGCAUUUUUAGAAAUAUUUUUAUGUUCAUAUUUUUCUAUUUGUUAGAUUCCUGAUGGACAUUCCUUACAUGCAGAGAAUAAAUCUUUAUACAACUUUU